AUGGACGCCAUCAAAGAGGCUCUCAGUAAAGCUGGUAUUGGAAAUGCCGCAACCGCACCAGCUGCACCACGAGAACCAUCCGCAGAUGAGCUCAAGGAGCUGAAGGACAAAUACGAAAAGGCAAAUCAAGAACAGGUAUUCGCUUUCUACGAAGACCUCAGUUCCGCAGAGAAAGGAACUUUGUUUGAGCAGCUUAGCGGUUUUGACCCAGAACAUAUCAACAAAAUCACCGAUAAAGCUCUCAAUCCUCCAAAGAAUGAAGACGCAGACAAAGAGUCCGGAUUAGAGCCGUUACCGGAAAGCGCAACAGCUAGCAUUCUCGAUUCGAAGCCCGAAGAUAUUGAAAAGUGGUACCAAUCUGGGUUAGAGUUGAUCGCAGAGAAUAAAGUUGGUGUGGUGCUUAUGGCUGGAGGUCAAGGAACGAGGCUGGGUAGUUCUGACCCGAAGGGCUGUUUCGACAUCGGUCUGCCAUCGUCAAAAUCCCUGUUUAAGAUCCAGGCUCAGCGGAUACGAAAGGUGCAAAGCAUAGCAACCCACAAAGCAGGCAAGAAGGACGGUGAGAAGGCAGUCGUACCGUGGUAUGUCAUGACCAGUGGACCAACCAGAGGACCCACCGAGAAGUACUUUGAGGAAAACAAAUAUUUUGGUUUAGAAAAAGAGAAUGUGAUUAUUUUCGAGCAAGGAGUGUUGCCUUGCAUAUCGAAUGAUGGAAAGAUCUUGUUAGAGAGUAAGGGCAAGGUAGCGGUGGCUCCUGAUGGAAAUGGUGGCAUCUACCAGGCACUUAUUACAUCCAACGUCAUUGCAGACAUGAGAAAGAGAGGGAUUCAGCACAUCCACGCAUACUGCGUCGACAACUGUUUAGUAAAGGUCGCGGACCCAGUCUUUAUCGGAUUCGCAGCGUCCAAGGAUGUUGAUAUUGCUACCAAGGUCGUUCGAAAGCGAAAUGCUACCGAAUCUGUCGGCCUGAUUUUGUUGAAGAACGGCAAGCCGGACGUUGUUGAAUACUCGGAGAUUGACAAAGAGACUGCAGAGGCGAAGGAUGCUAAGCAACCAGAUGUCCUGAAGUUCAGAGCCGCGAACAUCGUCAAUCACUACUAUUCCUUCAGAUUUCUAGAGUCAAUUCCAGACUGGGCUGACAAGCUUCCUCAUCACGUCGCCAGAAAGAAGAUUCCUUAUGUUGAUACCGAAAAGGGUAACACAGUCAAGCCAGAUAAGCCAAACGGAAUCAAACUUGAGCAAUUCGUCUUUGAUGUCUUCCCAAUGUUGGAGCUCAAUAAGUUCGCAUGCAUGGAAGUCAAACGUGAGGAUGAGUUCUCUCCUCUCAAGAAUGCUAAGGGAACUGGCGAGGAUGAUCCAGAUACCAGUAAGAGGGAUAUUAUGAACCAAGGACAGCGAUGGGUAGAGGCUGUUGGUGCUACAGUUGUCAGCACAGGUAAAGGAGAAGGUGUUGAAGUCUCCCCAUUGUACAGCUACGGUGGAGAAGGCCUGAAGGACUUGAAGGGGGAAACUAUCACGGCACCUGCGGUUCUUGAAAUUAUGUCGGAUUAG